ACACACAUGCUCACACACCUCCAAUUUCUGCCUAACUUUGAUGUAGACUGCUCGGGAAAGAAGGAGUGGGUUGAAUGUGUGCGACUGUGAUGCCUUCUUUUGGGGCUCACAAAAAAAGGGUGUGAGAUUUUAAAUGGGGAUAGAGAUUGGUUGAGGUUGAGAGGUUGAAAAAAAAAUACAUGUGCGGAUAAAUACAUGAAGAGAUAUUCUCCAAGUGUGCAAGGAUGUCCAAUUCCACCACCAAGUUUUACGCGCUGUCUCAAUCCUUCAGCUUCUCUGACAUCAUCGUCAUAGUAACCUACUUCCUUCUCAACCUGGCUGUGGGGAUCUGGUCAUCAUGUAGGGUGAGCAGAAACACGUUGAGUGGCUACUUCCUGGCAGGACGAGACAUGGCUUGGUGGCCGAUUGGGGCUUCCCUGUUUGCCAGUUCAGAGGGCUCGGGUCUGUUUAUCGGUCUGGCCGGGACAGGAGCUGCUGGGGGCAUCGCUGUCGCAGGCUUUGAAUGGAAUGCCACUUAUGUGUUGCUGGCUCUGGCCUGGGUGUUCGUUCCUGUCUACAUCUCCUCAGGGAUUGUGACAAUGCCCGAGUACCUGGGCCGGCGUUUCGGAGGCGAGAGGAUUCGAACCUACCUGGCUGUCCUCUCACUGCUUCUGUCGGUCUUCACAAAGAUAUCAACUGACCUCUACUCGGGAGCCCUUUUUGUGCAAGUGUGUCUGGGAUGGAACCUCUACUUGUCCACCGUUCUCAUGCUGGUGGUCACUGCGCUCUACACUAUCGCCGGUGGUCUUGCGGCUGUCAUCUACACCGACACUCUACAAACACUGGUGAUGAUUGUAGGGGCAAUUAUUCUCACCAUUACGGCUUUCAACAAGAUCGGCGGCUACAGUAACCUGGAGAAAGUGUACAGCAUGGCGGUGCCGAGCAAGAUCAUACCGAACAGUACCUGUCAUCUGCCUCGACAAGACGCCAUGCAUCUGUUCCGAGACGCUGUCACGGGAGACUUGCCCUGGCCUGGCAUGACGCUCGGGCUCACCAUCCUGGCCACUUGGUACUGGUGCACCGAUCAGGUGAUCGUCCAACGAUCGCUCUCUGCAAAAAACAUGAGCCAUGUGAAGGGAGCGUCCAUCCUGGCUGCCUAUCUCAAGAUGCUGCCCUUCAUCUUCAUCAUUCUCCCGGGCAUGAUCAGCCGUGCUCUCUACCCAGACACGGUGGGAUGCGUGGACCCCGAAGAGUGUGUGCGGGUGUGUGGAGCUGAGGUGGGAUGCUCCAACAUCGCCUUCCCCAAACUCGUCAUUGAGCUCAUGCCAAGCGGUGAGAACACGUCCAAAUGCAGAGGGAGCAUUCGGCUUUGUGCGUUUAUUUUAAAGUUUCGACUCGUUUCGUGUGUGUUUGGGACAGGCCUGCGUGGGCUCAUGAUAUCCGUGAUGAUGGCCGCUCUGAUGUCAUCACUGACCUCCAUCUUCAACAGCAGCUCCACACUGUUCACCAUGGACAUCUGGAAGAAGCACCGGCCCCAAGCCUCUGAGAGAGAGUUGCUUCUGGUUGGCAGGAUCGUGACGGUGAUCUUAGUGGUGGUGAGCGUGGUGUGGAUCCCCAUUUUGCAGUCCGCCAACAGUGGCCAGCUGUAUGUUUACAUUCAGUCGGUGACCAGCUACCUGGCGCCGCCCGUCACGGCUGUCUUCACCCUGGCUGUCUUCUGGAAGAGAACCAACGAGCAGGGUGCAUUCUGGGGCCUUAUGGUGGGUUUGGUGGUGGGGGUGUGCAGGAUGGUGCUGGAGUUUGCCUUCCCCCCUGCCAGGUGCGGCAUCGUGGAUUUGGCUCCUGCGGUUCUGCGCCGCGUCCACUACCUCCACUUUGCCAUCUUGCUCUGCGGUCUCACCGCCGUGGUGGUCAUUGUGGUGUCGCUGUUGACACCGCCGCCGGGCCGCGAGCAGUUGAGGAACCUGACCUGGUGGACUCUGACCGAGGAGUCUCCCAUAGAAAUCCCUCUACAGAAAAUGUCCUCUGUUGGUCACCGUAGUUCUCAAGACUCUGAGCCAGCACGUCAGAUGACUUGCGGUCACGGCCUCCGACUGUGCAUCGCAGCAAUUCGCCGCUCGCAGGAGACUCCCCGAGUUCCGAGCGUCCGCGAGAGCGCCUUCUGGUCGAGGUUCUGCUGCGCAAACGCUCUCCUGCUGAUCGGCGUCAACAUUUUUCUCUAUGCAUACUUCGCCUGAGCUUGAGCGCCCGUGCACAUCCUGCCUCGCCCCGAUUUCGCUGAGCAGCAGGCAAUCUUUUCUGCAAGGAACCACAAACUCUGCGGCUCCCACCCUUGUCAGAGAGGGGGAGGGGGUUUGUUUUUGUUCACGAUAUUUCGGGUGCCUACAAGUAUUUAAGUCCGUAUCAAAGUGGCAUUGAUAUGGUCGAUAAACUUAAAAUUAAUCGAAGCAUUUUAUAGGUAUACGUAUUUGACUUUCUCUACACCAAGUUUAAUGUUUCAGAACUUUUUGCUCAACUUGCCGUUUUGCAGAAAAGGGGUUUAAAAUUCACAUGUGGUUGAGCCAUAAAUGCUCAGAUACAUUUUGAGUUCAAUUGAUAUUUUUGAUUUCAUAUGACCAAUUUAUCAAUGGUGCAAACAGAUGUUCUCGAAGGGAAGUGACCACAGUAGAAGGCCUGUCAAGAGUCAUCAGGAAGUUGCAACAAAGAUACUGGCGGACUGGGAGCAUCACAGAAAGUGGACAUCUGACUUCUGAAGUAGUGGAAAAAGUGCUGAAAUAUUUCAGCUUACAGAAGACCAAAUUAAAUUCACGCGUAAAGGUUAUAGUAAAUUUUCGUUACCUGAAUUUUUAGCCAAAAGCCGUCAGUUUCUGUGAGUAGUGUAGAUGAGUAGCUAUAGAGUGUUUUCCUAAAGCUGAAAAAUGACCACACAAACCUUUUCUUUGGUGUUAAUUUUCAUUUGCGUUAAUCAGUCUCAACUUUGGAGAAAAUUUGAUCCAACGCAUUAUCAAUUUUAGCAACUUCAAAAAGAUUUUAUGUUUUGAAAAUGACAUUUUCAGAAUUUCAUUUUUUGUUUUUGUCAUUUGAUUGAUAAUUUAUGUUCCUCUCAAACCAUGAUUUUUAUUUGUUGUUUUUGGAACUAUGAUUAUGAGAAACGAUUUAACUCUGUAUAAACAGUAAAAAACUGGAAACAUUAAAUGUGUGGCAACUUUGAA